AUGACUGAGGAGUUACAUGAGGACGGCGGCGGCUACUUGUAUGCAUUCAACGCGUUUUCAAAAUAUGCUGAGGAGGAGGCUUUCUUUGUCGCGGAGUGGGCUCUGGGCGGCAGCUUCCGGCACCAGCCGGCGCGCGACGCCUCGGACGAGAUUCCGGAGUGCUGGGUGCUGCGGUAUGAUCUGGAUGGCCUGAUCGAGGCGGUGUUCGGCGCCUCAGACGCCCGGGGCAGCGGCCGCCGUCCUCGCCGCCGCUGGCCUGGGCGUCUGAAGGGCGGCCGCAGCAGCAACAGAGGUGCCGGAGGCGGCGUGGCGCUGUCUUGGGAGGGGCUCGAGCGCCUGUCGUUCGCGCCGUUCGCGACCAACGACAUCUGGAAUUUCGCCGUCGCCUGGCGCGAGGCACUCGCGGCGCCGGCCCCUGCGCCCCCGUCGCGUGCACAAGGGCAGCUGGCGGCGAACCGGCUGGUCGCCAUGGAGUUGAUGGACCUCGGGCUGCGCAUGGACGCGGCCGUGGAGGAGGCGCAGCUGCUGGCGGCUGAGCUGGAGCUGCUGUGGGAGCUGUGGCUCGCGGCCAAGGCUGCGGGGUUCCCGGGCUUCGAGCAGCGGGCGCGGACCUACUCGGCGCAAACCCAGAAGUGGGUUGACGAGAGCUUGGAAUCCAAGAGUUGA